AUCUAAAGCAGUCCCUAAGUAGAAGGUUUUCUUCUUCUUCUUCUAUUUUUUCAAUAUAGGUAUGCUAGGUUUUAAUGCUUAUGCAGGAUUCUUUGAGAUUUGCUCCCCUAAGAAAGGGAAAUAUGUCUUUGCCUCUGCAGCUUCUGGAGUCAUUGGUCAACUUGUUGGCCAGCUUGCUAAAUUGCAUGGUUGCUAUGUUGUUGGAAGUGCUGGCACAAGCCAAAAGAAUAAGCUUGGAUUCAAUGAAGAUUUUAACUGCAAGGAAGAACUAGACCUUGAUGCAGCAUUGAAGAGGUACUUUCAACAAGGCAUUGACAUCUACUUUGAUAAUGUGGGAGGGGAUAUGCUUGAUGCAGCACUUCCUAACAUGAGGAUUCAUGGCCGAAUUGCACUUUGUGGGGCAGUUUCUCAAUUUGGCCUCUCUAAGCCACAUGGGAUUCAUAAUUUGUUCAAUCUCAUAAUCAAGUCCGCCAAAAUGGAGGGUUUUGCGCAACACAAUUACUUGCACCUAUAUCCACGCUUCUUGGAAUAUGUUAUUGGUUAUUAUAAGCAAGGGAAAAUUGUUUACAUUGAAGACAUGAAUGAAGGUUUGGAAAGUGCUCUUGCUGCCUUUGUUGGGCUAUUUUCUAGAAAAAAUGUUGGUAAGCAGGUCAUUCAUGUAGCCUCUGAAUGAUUCAUGCUCGAUGUGAUGCAUUUUCAUUGAAAACAUUCCAUAAGAAAGUGAAGUGAGUUCAGGGCUUCACGAUGAAUCAUGAAUAAUGAGACAUUCAU